AUGUCUCCAAGAGUUAAACCUAGGGUCAUAAUUGAGGAAAUAGCAGAUGAUGUGCCCAUACCAAAAUCAAAUUCAGCAGUGGUUGAUUUGCAUCCAGUAAACCAAAACCAGAAAGAUGUCCCAAAUCUUGAAUUGUGUUUGGUAAGAUAUGAGACACCCGAAUACAAUUCAAAUAGGAGAUUGAGGUUAGUUGAAGGGAGUCAAUCAUGUAGUAAGAAAUUGUGUUUCAACUUGGAACACACUGCAACUGUUGGUGACCAAGAUACACAUGUUGAAAUUGGUAAUGAAGGUGCAAAUAUUAGUGAUCAAGGUGCACCUGUUGGUGAUCAAGAUACAAAAGUUCAUGAUCAAGGUGCAAAUCUUGGUGACCAAGAAGUAAAUACAAGAGAGUUUGAUACCUUUGAUGACCAACCAUUUCAAUUUGAAGACUUUGAUCCUUUCUUUGAUCAAUAUACUUUUAAUGAUGGUAAUGAUCAGAGUAUGGGAGUUGAUGCAGAACUUGGCACGGGACUAGGUGAAGUUCAAUUUGAAAGUGAGGGAGUUUGUGAAGGACUUGGUGAAGGGGGUAGUGAAGGGAGUGAGGAAGACAAUGACUUUCUUGAAGAUGAAGAAAACUAUGUUUGUCACGCAGUCUCUUCGCGUCUCACUUUUCAGUUAUCAAUGGCAGUCCCUAAACUUGAUAAGAAGAUCGUUAAGAAGAGGGUCAAGAAGUUCAAAAGGCCCCAUAGUGACUGGAAAAUAUGUGUCAAGGAAAACUGGCGUAGACCAAAGGGUAUUGAUUCCCGUGUAAGGCGUAAGUUUAAAGGUGUCACUCUUAUGCCCAACAUUGGUUAUGGUUCAGACAAAAAAACUCGCCACUUCCUUCCCAAUGGUUUCAAGAAGUUUGUUGUCCACAAUGCUAAAGAACUUGAAGUCCUCAUGAUGCACAAUAGAACAUACUGUGCUGAAAUUGCACACAAUGUAUCCACCCGUAAAAGGAAGGAGAUUGUUGAACGUGCAGCUCAGUUGGAUGUGGUUGUUACCAACAAGUUAGCCAGGCUUCGCAGCCAGGAAGAUGAAUGAGGUCGAUAGCCAUAGUCCAUUCCGAUUCCGACCCUAUUUCUUAUUCCAAUUUCUGUUCCCAUUCCCCCUGUUCUUUCCUUUACAUUUCAAUGUUAAAGAAUCUUGCUAGGAGCAAAGUUUUAAGUGUCUUGAAAUGAUUAUAUUGAAGAAUGAAGAGUAGUUUAUUCUGCUAA